AUGAAAGUCCUCUUUUGGAAUAUCAGAAGUGCGAAGAAGGCUGCUGGUUUAAGAGCCUUAUCAUAUUUCAUUCGAGAUCAUUCUCCUGAUGUUGUUUGCUUAGCGGAGCCAAUGAUUAGUGAAAGCAAAUUCCAUUUUUUGUUCUUUAAAAAAUUGGGGUUUGAGUCUGAUUUCAUUCACAAUUUCCGCAUGGACAAGGUCCCUAAUAUAUGGGUAAUAUGGAAACAAGGAAUUCCUCGCCCCUCGAUCAUCGCGGUGUUUGAUCAGCAAUUAUCAAUUACUGUGGAUUGGUUAGGGAACUGUGUAGGCCUAACUUUUGUUCACGCUAAUUGUUUUAUGGUCAAACGGAGAGAGCUUUGGUCGGAGCUAGGUUUGGUGGUGAAUCCAAAUCUACCCUGGUCGGUGAUAGGUGAUUUCAAUGCUACCCUUCUUUCCAACGAGAAAAGGGGUUCAGGGAGAUUUAAUGCAAAAUCAGCAGCUGAUUUCCAAUCUAUGGUGGAUACUUGUCUUUUGAUACAAGUACCCUCGCAAGGUAAGAUGUUUACCUGGACUAACAAUCGCCGGCGAGGUAAUGUAGCUGCGGUCCUCGACCGAAGUUUCUGCAACAGUAAAUGGUUGGAUAUGUUUAAAAGUACUCUUCAAAGGGUCUUGUUAAGGUCAUCCUCUGAUCAUGCUCCCAUUUUAGUUGUGUCAGAUUCGAUUGCCCGACCAGAAAUAUCUGGAAAUCCAAUUUUUAUUCUUUCUCAGAAACUGAAGUGUGUUAAGCUGUUUAUCAAGCCUUGGGGAAGAAAAAAUUUUCCCAAUAUUGAUAACGAAGUCAAAAAAGCUUCUGAUCACCUAAAUUUUGUUCAUCAAGAAAUUGAGGCUGCAGGGAUGUCAGAUGACCUUUUUGGUCGCGAGGCUGAUGCCAAAAUAGCGUUGUUGAAAGCUACCCAGCUGCAGGAUAAUCUAUGGGCUCAAAAAGCUAAGCUGAGGUGGAUGAAAGAUGGGGACAAAAAUUCAAAGUUCUUUCAUCUAUCAGUGAAAAUGCGACGGGCUCAAAAUCAAAUCCGUACUUUGCAGAAUGUUGAUGGGGAGUGGAUGAAUGACCAGCAACAAUUAUCUUCAUAUAUUGUCAAUUAUUAUGAGGAAUUCCACAGAUUAUCUGUUACUUCUCCUCACCCUGAGCUGCUGGAUUGCAUUCCAUGCAUUAUUUCGGACGAUGAUGCUCUUUAUUUGGAGGCUGAACCAUAUUUAGAGGAAAUAAAAAAAGCUAUUUGGGAAUUAGACCCAGAUAGUUCCCCUGGACCUGACGGCUUCUCAGGGAAAUUUUUUAGGCGGGUAUGGAGUAUUGUUGAGGAUGAUUUUUGCAGGGCUGUUUUGCACUUCUUCAGAUGGGGAAUCCUUCCAAAGGGUGUGAAUAAUUUUUUUCUCACUCUUAUCCCUAAGGUGGUGGGGGCUACUUCUCUCGACAAGUAUAGGCCAAUUUGCAUGGGAAAUUAUUUUUGCAAGGUAUUAUCAAAAAUUGUGGCAAGUAGAGUUGCAAUUUUACUGCCAAAGCUGAUUUCGGAGGAACAAGGGGCGUUCCAAAAGGGGAAGAUAAUAUCAGAAAACAUUAGCCUUGCUUCAGAAUUGGCAAAUCUGAUGCAUUCCAUGGUUAGGGGAGGUGGGAUGGGGCUCAAGGUUGAUGUACAGAAAGCCUACGAUUCUCUAUCCUGGGAAUUUCUAUUUGCUGUCCUUGGGAAGUUUGGUUUUCCUAGGAAAUGGAUUUCUUGGAUUCAAGAAAUUCUUUCAUCCUCAAGGAUUUCGGUUCUAAUAAAUGGAGGUCCAGAAGGGUUUUUUGGUGUGGGUCGUGGUCUUCGUCAAGGCGAUCCGUUAUCUCUCAUUUUGUUUAUUUUAGCUGAGGAAGUGCUCUGUAGAGGAUUAAAUAAAUUGGCCUUGGAAGGAUUAAUCAAGUCGCUGCCAGGUCCAAGAGGUACCUGCACUCCAACUCACCUAUUAUUCGCGGACGAUAUUUUCAUCUUCAUGAAUGCGUCGGCGAAAUAUGUUAAAAAUUUGCAUUUAUUUUUAUCAAAGUAUCAGGAUUUCUCUAGACAACAAUUUAAUCUCGACAAGAGCAAAGCUUUCUUUGGGAAGGUUGCCCCCCACAGGAAACAAUUCAUCAGUAAUUUAUUGGGAAUUCAGGCCUCAAAAUUCCCUACAAGGUAUUUGGGUGUGGAAAUAUUCAAGGGAAGAGUGAAGAAAAAUCAUCUUUUGCCUUUGAUGGAUAAGAUUAAAUGCAGAUUGGCUACCUGGAAAGGGAAGCUUCUCUCGAUGGCUGGUAGGGUGGAGUUGGUUCGAUCAGAAAUGUUCAUAGGGAGGACUAUGCGACUGGCAGAUCUUAAUCGAAAUGGUGAGUGGUCUUUUCCAAAAGUUUCUUCAAAAUUUCUUGCUGAGACCUUUGAGAAGGCAAAAAGAAUUUCUUUAUCGCCUAUGGAGGAUAUAUGUCAUUGGAAGCUGUCAAAUUCUGGGGCAUUCUCUUUGCGAUCAGCGUGGGAGGAGAUAAGGGGGAAAAAUCAGAAAUUCCCUUGGUUUUCUAUUUUAUGGAAAUCCAAGAUUCAUCCUUGUCAAGUUGUGUUUGGUUGGAGGCUUGCUCAUAAUCGGUUACCCACGGAUGAGGAGGUGCGCAGAAGGGGUGUGAUGAUGCCUUCUAGGUGGCAGCCCCUUGAUAGAAUGGGGGACCUUUUAGCAUGGUGGAAACGGAAAGGGAAGAAUUUAACCUUUUCAACUGCGUGGCUUUGUGGCUGUAUUCUGAUCCCAUAUGCUGUCUGGAUGGAGAGAAAUGCUAGAUAUCAUGAUGGUGCAGCUCUUCAUUAUAAACAUAUUUUUGCUCGAGUGAAAGGAGAAAUUUGUAUGAUUUCUAGUGUACAUCUUGGGAAACCCCUUUCCAUCCCGGAUCUGAUAUGUGCUAGAAGAAUAGGAAUUCCUCGGGUAACAAGAACUCGUAGAGAGAUUAUUGAAGUUCGAUGGUGUCUCCCAUUUCCAGGAUGGAUUAAGCUAAACACUGAUGGAUGCUCCUUGGGUAAUCCAGGGAAGGCUGGAGCAGGCGGGAUUUUCAGAAACGAGAAGGGGGACAGCCUUUUGAACUACAGAGAAUAUGUCGGUAUCAAAAUAAAUUUUGAAGCGGAACUUUUGGCAGUGAUCGCUGGUCUUGAACAGGCAAAGAUAAAUGGUUUUCAGCAUCUUUGGAUUGAAUGCGAUUCUACGGCAGUGGUGACGCAUUGUUACCGGGAGGCUAAUGUGAUUGCUGAUUUUUUGGCAAAAUCAUCAGCGAGAUUUGAAGUGUCGUAUCCAGUGGAAGUUUGGCCUCGAAAGGAAAAGAAAGAAUCCACUUUAUUUUUGAUAGAAAGUCGUCAUCUUAAGAUCUCUUAUGCCCAACUCCUUAAAGCUACUGAUGGAUUUUCUUUUGAAAAUUUGGUUGGUGUGGGGGGUUUCGGUUCUGUGUACAAAGGAGUUCUCAAUAACAGUGAUACUACUGUUGCAGUAAAGGUCCUUAACAUUAAACAAAGAAGUGCGUCCAAGAGUUUCAUGGCUGAAUGUGAAUCCCUUAGAAACAUCCGGCACCAUAAUCUUGUAAGAAUCUUAACAUCUUGCUCAAGUAUAGAUUUUGAAGGCAAUGAUUUUAAAGCUUUAGUAUAUGAGUUCAUGCCUGGUGGGAAUUUGGAGAGAUGGUUACAUCCACAUGCAAAUGGCAUACAAGAUGAGCAAAGACAUUUAAACCUUGUUCAAAGAUUGAAUAUUGCCAUUGAUGUGGCAACUGCAUUGGAUUAUCUUCACCACCGUUCUCAUACACAAAUUAUUCACUGUGAUCUAAAGCCAAGCAAUAUUCUUCUCGAUGAUGAUUUGAUUGCACAUUUGGGUGAUUUAGGGAUAUCAAAAAUUCUUUCAAAAGCCACAAGAAGAUCUCAAAAUCACAUUAGCUCAAUUGGAAUAAAGGGAUCUAUUGGAUACAUUGCACCAGAUAACUUUGAUCUUCAUUGUUGGGCUGAAAUGGCUAUGCAUGAUGGAGUGAUGGCUGUUGUUAACCCAUCACUUGUCUCCGUGGAAGAAUAUGAAGAAGAGGUAACAUCAAUUGUAACCAAUAUCACUGAAAUUCAAAGAUGCAUGAAGGAUAGAGUGCAAGAGUGCCUUAAUUCAGUCCUUAGAAUUGGAGUUGCAUGCUCAGCUGAAUCACCAUUGGAUCAAAUGGACAUAAAUGAUGUGGUCAAAGAGCUACAUCUGAUAAGGGAUAUUUAUCUUAAAGUUGGCACUCAUCAAAGAAGAUGA